UCCACCGUGGCAGCAUAACAAAAACAAAAAGGCCAAGACAGUAAAAAAAAGACCACCCCUCUUUCUCAAACUUCUCAUUAUAUUUUGCUUGUGCAUUCUAGGGUCGCGUUUUGGACUUUCUGAAAGGCAAUGUGGUAUUUUUCGUUAUUCUAAACCUCAGAAAUGAACAGGAAACGUGGUUUGAUUUCUGAUGCUUUUGUUUCGAGAAAGAAGAAAGCUGUCACUCAGAGAUUUGGGCUCAGUGAUGAGGAAGGACCAACUGAUGUCAAAGCCGCAGUGGAGUAUCUUAUGACACUAUUCCCCAGAAAAGUCUUCAAUGAUGCCUUGCCUCAAAUAGUGCUGAAACAUCAAAUCUACAGUGUAAUUAGUGAUAAAACUAUGGUGGACAAAGGAGUAAAUAAAUUGAGGGAACAAGGAGACCUUCUGAUGUUUCAACUAGGGUUUGAUUCAGAAGCUUUUGGUCUAGUUUUUGCAUCUGAUUACAAAGCCAAAGUUUUAGCAGCACAGGAUGGCUGUGAUACUCAGGAGACAGUGCAGAAGUUUAUUGACAAAGUGUUGACAUCCUGCACAGAUCUGAGCUUCAGCAAGGACCAGAUGCUCCGUGACUUUCUAUUCUCAGAUGAUGAAAUCACGCAGCUGGUGAAGUCAGGGGUGCUAACUGUGAGGGACGCUGGCAGCUGGUGGUUAUCUAUUCCCAACUCGGGAAAAUUCACCAAGUACUUUAUACAAGGUCGCAAAGCAGUACUCAAAAUGAUAAAGAAAUCAAAAUAUAAUGAAGUCUUAAAGGUUGAUCUAGAGGACCGAAAAACACCCUCCCAAGUGAAAUUCCACAUGAAAUAUCACAUUCAUGACAUUGUUGGUGCAGAGCUUGUUGAAAGUGUACCAACAACUUCAGGCACAUUACUGCGAUAUGUUGAUGACUAAAACAUCAAAGACUUAAGUUGUUUGAAAAAUGUUAAUUGUUAUUUAAGUUGUGCCAAACAUAUUGAACCUUGUGGGUUUUUGUUUAAAUGUAUUAAAAUGACUAUGUCAUUUUAUGUUGCAUUAAAGAUGAACAACUUUGCUUGUA